AUGGGCCGGUAUCGAGUGGACUACGGUGUGCUGUCUGCUAAAUCAAUGUCCGUGGAUCUAGGACUUCCAUAUGAGCGCACUCACUUGAUCUUUAGCAUCAUACGAACCGGUGCAGGCGGCUCCAAUAUUCGACCUGAAACAAAUACGGACGGCGAGGACUGCAUGUCUUCCGAGGUUGACGCCUUCCUCGCUAUGGCUGUGCACACUGUGAACGAACGCCGUGCCAUGUCUCGUAGAACCGUAGUUUGUACGGGGGCACGUCAAAGUCGUCUGUGUAAGAUGAUUGGUUGGUGCCUCAGUCGGCUCCAGCCCUCUUACAAGCAGCAUCAACGCGAGGCACUUCAUGGGUGCACGGAAUCUGCAACAUUGAAUGUGUUUCCCGCAGAGCUCAUGGAUUGUGCAGUCCAGAUCGUGCAGGUCAUUUCACCACACCAAGGCUCGUCUGCUGAAAAACUGUGUUGA